AUGAAAAACGUGAACAAAUUUGUGUUAUUGUCAUUUCUUGUGAUGAUAAACUAUGCAUUGGAGGAUGUUGAUAUGAAAUAAUAAAUUGAAUAACUUGAUCAAAACAGAUUUGGUCACACUCUUCUUGAUACAAUUUACUUAUAAUUGUAAACCUAAGAACCGAUUGAAAGAUUAAUGGGAACUUUACAAUAAAUAGAGGAUAGAUAUUAUUAGGAUUAGAAAGAAGAGGAUGUUUCACAUAAGGACUAUCAAGACUCCUGCACUGUGGAUCUCUAAAAUUUAGAUUAGAAUAUCAAAGUGAGUGACAAUGAACGCAUCAAGUUGGAGGCAAGAUUGGAAGGUGAACUUUAUCCAAAGAGACAAAUCUUAUAGAAAUUAAUCACUCAAAAGCAAGGAGAGCUUAAAGAAUUCACUGGAGAGUUGAAUGAAUUGGAUCAAUAAAGAGAAGAAGAAGGUGAGGAGUAUCAACAUAAAAUUCAUGAACACGAAGAUGUUAUUGCCAUCUUGAUGUAAGCUAGAACACUAUUCACAGAGAAUCUAUAGACACAUGACAACUCAUUUAUCUAAUUGAAUAACAAUGGAAUUGAAUUACUGUAAAAACAUUUCGGAGCAUCCAUCAAAAGAGCAAGCAAAUUUACUUACAGAACCUCUUGGGGUAAAAUGUUCAAAGCUUUAGCCACUAUUACCUCUAGAGUUCAUUAGUUGUAAGAUUCAGCUCAAGUUGAGAAUGUCAUCUUGCUUAUUGAUUAAUUAUUAGAAUAAGUUCAUGAUUCAAUGGAUCUUGAGAAGUUCUCAGAAGAAAAAAGAAUUCAAGCAUAUGAGAAGACUCGAAAUUUGCUUGUCAUUUCAAUCAACACAACUGAAAGCACUUUGGCAUCUGCAACAACUGAUUUGGCAUUAGUGAGUGAAAUAAUCGAAUAAACAUAAGCUACUCUGGACAAUGUAAAUUAGAGAUUACAAAUGCUCCAAUUAUCUAGAGAUGAUCGAUUCACUAUUUGUGAGUAGGAGGCUUAGGAUUACUAGGAUUCCAGAUCAUAGAGGGAUUCUGACAGAGAUGUUGUAUCUUAAACUAUUGGAUUACUGAAUAAAUCAUUAAGAACUCUGAAGGAACAAUUAGCAUUAAGAAUGUCGGCGGGAGAAGAAUUUGAAUAUUUUUGAUGAAAAUAUUAUCACUCAAUUUCAUGUUAUUUAAUAUAGAAUAAGAUUAA